AUGAAUACAUAUCCAUAUUCUCAAAUUAAAGGUGAUAUCAUAAUAGAAUCAACUGGACCACAAGAUUUUUCAUUCUCGAACAUUAACCAGUUGAGGGUUUAUUGGAAGUCACCUAUGAAUAACGAACUUAUACGUCGAUUUACACAUGUUCAACAAUUGUAUGUGAAUGAUUCUGAAAAGAGUUUUUGCAUGAUGCUUGCUGAUAUUAUCCCAUAUCUUGAUCUAUCAACAAUUAUCACAUUUAUCAUUGCUAACUAUUAUACGGAAAUAAAUAUCGACAUAUUCAUUCGGUUGGUAUGUCGUAUAUCUCAUCUACGUAUUAUUGGUGCUUCAAUUACUCUUCUUAAGUUACUUUGUAUUUAUCAUUGGGCAAACAUUAGCAUUCUAAAAAUUUUUGAUCAAUAUGAGGGUGGAAUUGUAACAAAGUACGACUUAACACUGAACGAGAUUGGUGCACUUUUUCGCUCAUUCAGCCAUGCAAAACAAAUUCAUUUUAUGCAUGAUGAUAUAUCUAAUCUAUCUGUUUUUCUGAAUAAUAUAUCAAUGACAGUAUCAAAUGUAGUGUUAGAACAUCGUGUUAAUAUAACUCCUACUAUAUAUAGUAAAUUCCUCACACGAGAAUGGCUUGAACAAAAUACACAACUACAUAACUUUUCUUACUCAUGCGAUAAGCACAAGCGUAUUAGUAUAUGGCUUUAG